UGGAGGCCUCUUGGAGUAGCGUUGUUUUAACUACCUCCCGCCCGCCGUAUAGUAAUAUGAAGGAUGCAAGGCGAUUCUCUCAUUCUGGGAGGACAUCAUAUGACGUCCUCCCAUUCUAACCUUGGACACAGCAGAUCACCGAUCCACGGAAAGAGCCGCAGAUGUCGGCUCAGUCAUGUGAUCAGCUGUGUCCAAUCACAGCUGAUCACAGCCCCAGCAGCGCCACCUGCCAGUGCCCUGUCAGUGCCACAUUUCAGUGCCCGUCAAUGCCACAGAUCAGUGCCCAUCUGAGAUGCCUUUCAGUGUCACCCAUCACUCAGAUGCCAGUCAGUGCCACCUAUCAAUGCCAGUCAGUGCCACCUAUCAGGGCUGCCAAUCAGUGCCACAUAUCAGUGCCAGUCAGUGCCGCUUAUCAGUGUGCAUCAGUGCCGCCUAUCAGUGCCUGUCAGUGCCGCAUAUCAGUGCUGCCUAACAGUGCCAGUCAGUACCACCUAACAGUGCCAGUCAGUGCCGCCUAUCAGUGCCAGUCAGUGCCGCCUAUCAGUGCCACCUAUCAGUGCCAUAUAUGAGUGCUGCCUUUCAGUGC